CAUAACGCAACGCAAUUUGCGCAGAGCUCAGAGUAAUGGCGUCUGUGCGAGACAAGCUCACAAGACUCACAAAAUGAAGAGACGGAGGGGCUAUAUAUGUUAGCAGAGGGCCUUUAGAAGGGUUAGUGGGUGCGGGAUUGCAGUGAGACUUGACGGAAGUGGAGGACUUUCAUCUGUUGAGCGCGAUGAUAAAGCUGAAGUCUAAGCAGACGCGCACGUAUGACAGAGACGGCUAUAAACAGCGCGCGGCCUGCCUGUGCUUCAGGAGCGAGCGCGAGGAGGAGGUGCUGCUGGUGAGCAGCAGCAGUCAUCCGGAGAGAUGGAUCGUUCCUGGAGGAGGGAUGGAGCCGGAGGAGGAGCCCAGUGUUGCUGCUGUCAGGGAGGUGUGUGAGGAGGCAGGAGUAAAAGGUACAUUAGGAAGAUUGGUAGGCGUUUUUGAGAACCGAGACAGAAAGCAUCGAACGUAUGUCUAUGUUCUCAUCGUAACCGAGGUUCUGGAGGACUGGGAGGACUCAGUAAAUAUUGGGAGGAAGAGGGAGUGGUUUAAGACCGAAGAUGCCCACCGUGUGCUACAGGGUCACAAACCUGUGCAGGCAUCUUACUUCAGAGCCCUUCAGCAGGACUGUAUGAGCAGCAACGGCACGUCUCUGGAGGACACUUACAACAUGAAUCACAACUCUCUCUCCAGCAUCAGAUAACUGGCACAACAAACACACAAAUUCACCAGGAUUUUCAACCUUUUUCUCCCUGACUGAACUCCUAUUGCAACUAGUACGGUUUUUUUAAUUUCAGCACAAUGAAAAUGAAAUCUGAUUGCCUUACCAGUCUUUUUAGUGUUCAGAUGAAGAUCACAGUCUGGGCUCAGUGAGAAAAGUCCUAGAAUACUGCUUCUGCUUAUUCUUACAUUUGAAUGAAUACUUGCAUGAGAUUUUCUUUUUUUAAUGCAACCUCACUUUACUAUCAUGUCUUGAAAUGAGUAGUGUCUGUCAUGUUGUUGCAGCGUUUGCCUUUAGCCUCUAUAGAUAAUCUGUUAUAUAGAGUGGGUUGAGUGGGUUUGCAUGCAUCGCAUAUUCAAAGUGUUAGUUCUUUAAACUGCUUAACAAAAGAGAGAUUUCGUCUUAAAUUGAUCAAAGUAGGUGAAAAAUUGCCAAUAUUACAGAGUCACGUUGGGGAUUUCUCUCGUACGCAGCUUCUCAUCCGGUUCAUUCUCAAGAGCACAUUUGCUAAAUGUUGUAAUGUCUAUGGGGUUUACUGGUUUGGGAGUGCAGUGCUUUUACCAUUCAGGCUGGUUUUGAUUGUGAUUGAAGGAAAGUCUUGUGUGGUGCUUUUUCUCAGACGCACCAUUUAUUGAAGUGACUGGUCGGGCCGGUCCAGUUGAGUGCACUUGUUUUGUUGUGGUACAGGACUUCGUUUCAGACAGAAGAGAGGGAUGAAAGGAGAUUGUGAGCUUGAAUUGUACAUCUCAGCAGCUGUCAAUAGCCCAUUCUUCCUUUUCUAGAGUUUUGCACUAGUAUUCAUAUAACAAUGGCAAAAUAUACACAUUGUUCAGAUUUAGUUGGGAUCAUUUCAGUUUGUCCCGCUUAUAAACUUUAACCCUAGCUUGUGUGUGUGUGUGUGUGUGUGUGUGUUGUGUACAGUACGAGGGUUUGUGUGUGUGAAGUAAUGUGAAUAAUUAAAGCACUAGAUGCCAUGGUUAGCUGUCUGUGUAAUACAUUGCCUCUUGUGUAAGAGGAUUGAUUUCAUUUCAAAUGUUUACAACUUGAUUGUAUUUUCUGUUCAGACACUGGAUAUCCACUGACCUCCUUUCAUUUGUUAUAGAGGACUGGUAAUGGUGCCAUUUCUUUUUUUGAAAUGCACUUUCCUAGGUCUCAGAUGAUUUAGUCUGUCCUAAUACUAAAGUUGUUUCAUUAUUUUGUUUAUGAUUUAUGUAAUUGUCACAAGCAUGUACUUUAAAUGAGGAUUGUUUAGGUCUUACUUUCACCUGUCUUAUCAGUAUUUCAGUGUUUUUCUCUUUAAUCAGAAAGCACAAAAGUUUAUUGUGAAUAAUGUAUUAAAUUACCAAAUCUAAGAUGUUCUCCAUGGGCUAAAAACAGGAGAAAUGUCCUGUGUUCUUGUAAUAGGAUUAUGUAGCUGGUCCUCCAGUGUUUGUAUAAAGGGUUUCUGUUCUUUCAGUAGUGAACUCAAAAGCUGUGACCCAGUGAGAGCGCGUGUAACCGUCCUGACACAGACUGAUGCUCGUCUAAUGGUGAAUCAUGGGAUCAUUCUCUGCACAUUUAUUCCAGUCAUUAGAGGAAUGGGAAUAAGCAAUGAUCAAAUUACUCUGCCAUUCAUUUCUCUGCAGGUCUUUGUACUGAAAUAAUGCCAGACUUACAGUCCUUGAAUUCUAAAUGCUCCAUUAUUAGGA